AUGUCCGUCAAGCCGCGAACAAUCAUCAUCUGCGUCCGGGCCCUUCAGGGCAUCAUGGCCGCUGCCAGCAUCGCCUUGACAGCAUACGUCGUCAAUUGGCAUCUCAGGGGGUCUCAUCUCUCCACGCCCCCGUCCAUCAACUUUCUUCUAUUCUGCCCAGUCUUCACGCUCGCCUCCGUCCUCUACAUCGAACUCACGCCGCGCCUCGCUCCCCGCGCCAUACGCCCGAGGAUAUCCCUGGGCAUCGAAGCCACAAACUGCAUCUUGUACUUUUCGGGAUUCAUCGCCGUGGCCAUAUGCCUUGGCGAUCUGGCCUUCUGCAACGGCCCAGUCUGCAUGGCGGGCCGUGGCGCUGCGGUUUUGGCAGCGGUGCAGUUCAGUCUGUGGAUGUUCUCCGCCAUCCUUGCCACAAAGGAGAUUUUCAAGGGCGGCAGCGGGCAGAUUAAGCUACCGGGCAGGGGACGUGGCACUGGAGACGUGGAGCUCUGA